AUGACAUUUUGGAAGAAUUGGGAGUCUUGGGAGAAGAUGGUGUUUGUAAAUACUCGUGUGUUCCAUGGUAAUCACCCGAUUCGCGACUUCAAAGUCACUCGCAAAGAACAUGUACUGACGACUAUCGCAACGAGACAGGCCGGCGUCAUUAUCACCGGCGGUUGGGUGGCAUGGAUGAACAGACGGAAACUCAAGCUGUACAAUCAAGCUUCCGCCGACGAAGUUAACCGACAGGCAAGAGUCUCAGGCAUCCCAUUCGGAGCUCGAGCGCUGGAAAGUGGUGUUCACAUCGACGGAAUUUACACACCUGGACGGUACAUCCCUCGCCAGGGGCUAUCACGACAGACAUCCGUCGUAUCUCCUGUUUCGAAUUCACCGCUGACUCCAUUGACUCCGACUGUGACUCGUGCAAGUUCAGUAUGA